AUGUUCAACAAGAUCAUCACCGCAGUCGCUCUAUCAGGAGUGUUUGGGAAAGCUGCUGCGUCAUGCGCCUGCGACCUCAAAGUCGAAAGCUAUAUCAGCCCAGGGUUCUCGUUGGAUGUUGUGUCGUCUCUGAUCAUUGGCUCUCAAGCCGCUGCGAUCAUUGACUUGCCUCUUGCAGUUGCCGACGCGGAAACCCUGGCUCAAUGGGUUAAGAACACAACUGACAAGCCUCUUGUGGCGGCUUUCACAACGCAUAAUCACCCCGAUCACUAUCUGAGCGGCAAAGCAUUCCUUCAGCACUUCCCCGAGGCCAAGCACUACGCCACGCCAGAGACGACUGAAUUCUGGUCUGCCGCUUAUGGCCCCGGCAUUAUCGCCCCCGUCCCCGCGAUUCCGACUGCCUACAACUUCUCCUUCUUCACCCUUCCAGGCGACGAAAAGUGCCCGAUCGAGAUACUCAAGAACAUUGGCGGCGAUACUAUUGAUCUAUCUUCAUUCUGGAUUCCGUCUAUCAAGACACUAAUCGCAGGCGACGUCGUCUACGACCACCAGAUGCAUGCCUGGCUCGCCGACCUUCUUACGCCCGCCCUCACCGAGUCUUGGCUCACGACCCUCGACUUCAUCACGGGCCUCAGGCCUAGUCUUGUCAUACCGGGACACGCUCUAGUGUCCACUACCUUCAGUGCGCUCGCUGAUGUCGAUCAUACAAGGGAUUAUGUUUCUUUCUUCCAGGAGAACAUCGAAGCCAAGGGCCCCGACUUUUACACCCCGCGGGAAAUUUCGAGCAUGGUGGAGGCUGCUUUCCCUGGCUUGACAAACUUGACGUCUUCGACUACUUCGGCUACCUUGCUCAACAUCACGUCGGAGAACUUUGGCCGAGGUGGACAAAGACAAAUACACUACUUCGACUUAACUGUGUAUAACGAUACGGAUGUCUUGGAUGGAUGGCGCUUGUGA